AUGGCAACAAGUAACGAGCCAUUAGACGAGAUUCAAUGGCGACAUCCAAACUACGCCCAGAGCCUGGGAGGUCUGCAUUCCAAUAAUAUACUCUUCUACUUCGCAGAAUCGCCUUUCUUCGACCGUACUUCCAACAAUGCCGUACUCUUUACCCAGGCCACCUUCAAUGAGAAUAUGAAAUUUAUACUCUCUACCCGUGAACAAUUUGAGGGUCGCCUCAAGCAGAUGUCAGGGUUGGAGUAUAUAGUCGCUCAGGAACCAGCCGAAUCGGGUCCUGGUAUGGGCACUGGCGUCUGGGUCAUCCACAAGCAGACACGUCGGAAGCGGGAUCCCGAGGACGAGAUCACUGUCCAUGCUGCCUACUAUGUCAUCGGAGAAAAUGUGUAUAUGGCGCCCACGCUCGCGGAUAUCUUGAGCUUCCGGAUGGUCACCAUCUCAUCGGCAUUGAGCAAAUGUUUCGCUGCUGCAGAUAACGCACGAACCUGGUCGCCAGCCCUCGGGCAUAUCUACAAAACAGCACCGGGUACUACAAGUAAUAGAGCACAUGCAUUGGAAUCGAAAGGAGCGACGCCAAUGCCCGAGGCGCAAGGAAGCAAGGCAGCCCCGGAAUCAAAGAAGCCGAUCCAGUCAGCCGUAGACUCCCGUUUAGCCGAACAUUCAUUUAUGAUACACAUGCAGUACGGAGGAGACUAUAUGGAUGAGAACCCCAUUACCGGCAAACCCGGCGAGUUCCAUCUCACCUCUACGGGCCGCAAAGAUAAACUUCAAACAUUAGCUUUGCCAAAUCUUGAUACGUCUUUCAAGAGUCCCACCAUUACUCAGCCGGAUAAGAAGGAUACGAAGGGCGACAAGACGCCAAAGACACCUACAGGGAUGCCUUCUAAACCCAGGCGAAAGAAGAGUAAAGCUGGUGCUACCCCAACUUCCGCAUAG